CGACUCCAGGGCGCAUUGUUUCGAAUUUCUGCGACAAGAGACCAGGCUGUGGGAAGACGUACAGCAGAAAGCUCAAAGAGCGGAAUGGUAAGUGACUUCUUCUCUGGUGAGGACCUGAGGACAGUGACCCUUUUCUCACCAUGAAGGACACCCCGGAGGUCAAGAGUCAUGGGAUGAAGUUUGCCGAGGAGCAGCUGCUAAAGCAUGGAUGGACUCCAGGCAAAGGCCUGGGCCGGAAGGAGAAUGGCAUUACCCAGGCCCUCAGGGUGACACUAAAGCAGGACACUCAUGGGGUGGGACACGACCCUGCCAAGGAGUUCACAGACCACUGGUGGAAUGAGCUCUUCAACAAAACUGCAGCCAGCAUAGUAGUGGAAACUAGGCAGGAUGGAGUACAGAUAAAGCACCUUUCUAAGAAGACCACCCGCCAUAAUCAUCCCAAGCCCAACUUGCUGUAUCAAAAGUUUGUCAAGACUGCCACACUGACUUCAGGUGGGGAGAAGCCAGACAAGGACUUGGAAAGCUGCAGUGAUGACGACAACCAGGGGCCCCAGCCUCCAAAAAUUCUGACUGAUGAGAUGCUGCUCCAAGCCUGUGAGGGGCGAACAGCACACAAGGCUGCCCGUCUUGGGAUUACGAUGAAGGCAAAGCUUGCUCGGUUGGAGGCCCAGGAGCAGGCCUUCCUGGCUCAGCUCAAAGGCCAGGACCCUGGAAUCCCUCAGCUGCAGUCUGAGAGCAAGCCCCUCAAAAGAAAGAAAAAGAAAAGGAAGCAGAAAGAGGAGGAAGAGGCUACAGCAACUGAAAGGAAUGCAGACAGGGAGUACCCAGAACACACUGACCAGAGCAUCAAAAAAAGCAAGAAGAAAAGACAUCAAGAAGAAAAGGUCACAGAUAAGAGAGAGGGGACCACUGUAGGGGAUGAGGAAGAGGCCGCAGGAACAAGAGGGCUUGGGGAACUGAGGAGCAGAGAACAGGCUGAUCAGUCUCCCAGGAAAAGGAAGAAAAAGAAGAGGAAGCACCACGAAGAGGAGAAGCUAGGGGUAUUAGAUAAAGGAGGAGGUAAGGAGGCUGUAGGUGGUGUCAGACCAGAGGAGGGAGAGAGCCGAGCACACACUGAUCCACGUAGCAGAAGCAAGAGGCAGCAGGAUGGGAAGGAAGACUUGAAUAUAGAGGGUAAUGAACUUGAGGAGUGUUGUAGAUGGUGGUACCCAGGAAGCAGAAAGCAGAGUAUGCAGUGA